CUACACCCAUCUCUUUAAAGAUUGUGCUGAGUCAGCAACUAGACUGUAAGAGCAUCACAUCACAUGUUGGAACUGGAACUAAAGGAAUAACACAUAACACAGUGAUACAGCCAUUCUCAGAGUGUCACAAGAUCAGUAGCAGCCAGCCCUGUCAACAGGAGAAAGAAAAGUCUGUUUUGUUAACAUUUCAAUAUCCUCAACACGUACGUCACACCUCACCGUGUCGAUGUUCCGAAAGCCAGAUCCAAAAGAGCAGAUGCGUGCUCAACAGCGCGUGCUACGCAAGACCACCCGAGAUCUAGAGAGGGACAGACACUCACUGGAGCGUCAGGAGAAAGCUUUGGAGACAGAGAUUAAGAAGGCAGCCAGACGAGGAGAUAAGCAGGCUUGCGGAGUCUACGCUAAACAGCUGGUCAGACUGAGACAACAGAAGACCAAGUCGAUGAGUCUCAGCUCAACCAUCACCUCCACAGGUCACCAAAUGAAGGCUAUGGAGAGCCAAGCUAAGAUGGCAGCGGCCAUGGGGUCUACUGCAAAGGCAAUGGGAGCCAUGAACAAACAGAUGAAAGUGGAGGACAUACAGAGCACUAUGAUGAACUUUGAGAGGGAGUCUACCAAGAUGGAUAUGGCAGGAGAGCUCAUGGACGACACUCUAGACUCGCUUCUAGCUGGCUCGGAUGAUGAAGCUGAGGAAGAUGCUGUCAUCACACAAGUACUAGACGAGAUUGGCAUAGACAUUACGAGAAAGCUUGAUGGAGUGGGUGUGGCCAACAAGCCGCUGAGUCAUGGAGAAGCAAGCUCCUCCAAGAGUGAUGACCUUACGGACAGAUUACGACAGUUGCAUAGUUAGCCAGCCAUCUUGUGGACACUCUCACAACACAUUUUAUCCUGUCGUUAUAUUUAGCAAAUUAGUAUAAUAAUUAAUUAUUGUGCAAAUGUCUUGAAAGAUAAUUUUAUUGAUUGAACAAA